AUGCAGACUACUACUGAUGGCCAAUCAUCAGAUACAAACUCGGAUCCUUUUCGUUCGUCGCGUAGUCAUACAAAUCAAGGUGAUGAUACACAAAGAGAGCAUAGUAUUGGAGGUGCGACGACUUCAGGAAGAUCCAAUCAACAGGAUCAAACAAAAAUAAAAAGUAUGCGCGAAGAUGCUGUUACUGCUUCGCCAGCUUUAAAUACGAAACCAGAAUGUAGAUACGGUACCAAAUGUCGUCAACAAUCCGAUCAGACACAUUGUGAGCGUUUUCAACAUCCGGCAAAAACAGCAUCACCUGGUGCAACAGCUACUGCUGAUGGUAAGUCAUCAAAUAUAUACUCAGAUACUUCAUGUUUGUCGCGUAGUCAUACAAAUUAUCGUAAUUAUAUUAUGGGAAAAGCUUAUAGUAUUGAAGGUGCGAUAGCUUUAGAGAGAGAUUGA